AUGCGUCAGCGCCAACUCGUCAAGAAGACGGAUCUUUUUGAUCGGCGGACGGAAGCUACAGCGAACCCUCGUGUCCACCGUUUUCUGCAACGCCAGCAGCCUCGAGAGCCGUCGGUGGAUGGCCACACAGACCGACACAAGAGGCAGUGUCCUCAGCCUGUGAAUUUUCCACGAGCUCUGCAUGUGCGACAGGAGGACGGGAGUCGGAGAGCGCAGUCUUUGUAG